AUGUCCUGCAUCACAUUGGCAAAUAUGCGGAAAGGUGUUUUGCUGCACAAAUUGAUUCUGCUCGAGCUCGUCCUCGGGUAUUGGCAAGGCUUCUUUAUCCUGUUCAACCCACCUGUGUACGCCUGGUGGCUCUCUGUAGCCGCCAUUCCGCUCAAUAUUUCCUGGUGGUUGCAUAAUGUCAUCGCCUGGAUGAAGUUAAAGCCUUUCCUCAACAAGACAGUCAGUCGGCUUUUUAUCGGGACCGUAAUCUUGGUGAUACCGUAUUGGAUUGUCGAGAUAUAUGCCAACUUCACCUACUUUCACAACGUCAACAAGGUCUUCUUGAAGACACGACCAUGGGAAGCGCUGUGCCGGGAUCCUUGGUGGAUAUUGGCAGCCUGCCUCCUGAUAUACAACAUCAAGACCAAGUACGACUUGACACUAACGCAAAUUGUUCGCAUCUCUCCUCGUUUUGCCGUCAUGCUUGGUGCCAUGGUGCUCAGUAUAUGCUUUAUUAUCCUGGACGUCCUCUCGGUUACCUCGGCCCUCAAGUCUGUGUUACCGGUGGGCAUCAACCCAUUCUGGAAGCUGUCCUUUGUCUUCAAGUGCUUGACCGACUCGGUUGUCUUGGACGAUUUCAAAACAGCUCUAGAUCGAUUGAGGCAUUCAAAAUGA